ACCCUCAAACCUUCAGCGUGAAACAGUUUAUUUAUGUGAGCACUAGUCGGCCGUAGCGGAUAAAUACAGAAAAAGCGAUAAUAGAUUGCUAUCGCUUUGGUUGGACAUUGGUACCGCCACGGGUGGAUCUCGGCUUCAACACGAAUAUACUCACGACGACUAUGUUUAUGCCGUGCUAUCAGCAAACGUUGUCAACUUUACCAUCGUCGAUAAAAACCAAUACGUCGAAAUUACAUUGUUAGUAGAAGGCGUAGGUCUCACGAAAGAUGUAAUGGUGCGUACGACUUCAGCUUUUAAGGGGCGUGGAUCAUUAUGCUUCACAGAUCAACAAUAUAAGUAUGCCGACUCCGAGAGAAACUCGUUUGAAAUAUUGCAAGCAAAUGGUACACGAAUGUAUUUAACCAACAAGUUGAAGAUCGAUGAAAAUGUCGUGGAAGGAAAGUUGUUCCUGUGCCUUAACAGACCACGGUUAUCGACCAGAAAUUCGUCACAUGGUCGUUGGGUACAUCAGGGUGAUUUUGGUUGGAUCGUCUGGCCUGUACCACCGAUGUAUCUGUUUCGUAGAUAUGCAUACGAAGUCACUGAACCUGCAAGUGAAUCUAACUCAUUUGAGACAACAACAAGCGACUAUGGAAAAAAAUACAAACAUCGCGGUAACAAGUUACAUUUUUUAAAUGACACGGCUUGGUCCUAUACAAAAACGAACCGGACGAACACUUUAGUCACCGGUAAUGGCCUCAGGUGCAAAUUCCUCGUCAAAGCCGUUAAAAAGCCAAACUUAUUGGACGACUACAGCAAGACGGAACCCUCAAACCUUCAGCGUGAAACAGUUUAUUUAUGUGAGCACUAGUCGGCCGUAGCG